AUGGAGGUGGCUGAGCCGAGCUCUCGGUUGUCCGAGGUCAUCACCUAUGGUCCCACUGACCCGGUCCCCGCCGCCUCCAGCAACCACGAAACUCUCGUGAUCGAGGUCCUCACCAACAACUACAUAGUCAAAAAGGUCUAUGUUGACCCCGGAAGCUCGGUAGACGUCUUGUACUACCGAACUUUCGAAAGUUUGAAACUGACUCGGGAACAGCUCACUCCUGUCAGAACUCCCAUCGUGGGAUUCGGGGGACACGUGGUCCACCCCGAGGGUAUGGUGACCAUCGGGCGUCAUCCCCGCUGCAGGACUAUACCCGUCAACUUCGCGGUGGUCAAGGCAGAUUCUCCCUACAAUAUGUUGAUAGGUCGACCCACGCUCAAUGCCUUGAGGGUCGUGUACUCUACCUAUCACCUGAGUUUCAAAUUCCUGACACCAGCGGGGGUGGCCGAGAAGGCAGGAAAGCCCGGCAGGCUGGAACCCGGGGAUGAUGUGGAGCAGGUGGUCCUGGAUGAGGCAAGACCGGACCAAGUGGUCCAGGUAGGGGCCGGACUCCCCUCGCCUCUAAAGGAAGAAGUGAUUUGCCUUAUAAAGGACCACCGAGACGUUUUCGCGUGGUUCGCUGAUGAGGUGGUUGGAGUACCACCUGAGCUCAUGGUUCACCAGCUCAACGUCAACCCGCAGGCCCGUCCUGUGAAACAAAAGCGUAGGCACUUCGGUCCCGAACGCAGCAAGGCCAUAUCUGACGAGGUGGACAAGCUCUUGCCCGCCAAGAUGAUCCAUGAGGUCCAGUACCCCACCUGGCUGUCCAACCCUGUUAUGGUUAAAAAGGAUACCGGUGGAUGGAGGAUGUGCGUCGACUUCACCGACCUUAACAAGGCCUGCCCCAAAGAUUGCUACCCCCUGCCGAGGAUUGACGCUCUCGUCGACUCGGCAAUGGGACAUGAGAUCCUCUGCUUUCUAGAUGCCUUCAAAGGCUACCACCAAAUAGGAAUGAGUGAGGAGGACCAAGAGAAGACAGCGUUCUACAUCGACCAUGGUGUCUACUGCUACACUACCAUGCCGUUCGGGUUAAAAAACGCCGGGGCGACCUAUCAAAGGUUGAUCAACCGACUCUCCAAGAAUCAGAUCGGCCGCAAUGUGGAGGCCUAUGUGGAUGACAUCCUCGUCAAAAGUCUCACCACUUCAUCCUUUCUGUCAGACGUGAGGGAAGUCUUUGGUGUCCUGCGAGACUCGAGGAUGAAACUGAAUCCGAAGAAGUGCGUCUUCGGCGUCACCUCGGGAAAAUUCUUGGGGUAUCUGGUUUCCCACCGGGAAAUCGAGGCCAACCGCGACAAGGUCAAGGCCAUUCAGGAUAUGUCCCCACCUCGGAACAUCCGAGAAGUCCAACGGGUGAAUGGACGCCUGGCCGCGCUGAAUCGCUUCCUGUCCCAAUCAGCUGAGAAAGCUCUGCCCUUCUUUAAGGUGCUCAAGAAGGCUGAUCAGUUUGCCUGGACGGAAAAGUGCCAGGCUGCUUUCGACAAGUUGAAGCAAUACCUCCAUCACCUACCCACUCUCGCUUCACCUCGGCCCGAGGAGAAGCUCUACCUCUACCUCUCCGCAACCGACGAGGCUGUCAGCGCUGUUCUUAUCCGGGAUGAGAGCACCCAAGUGCCAGUCUACUACGUCAGCCGAGCUCUCCGCGGGCCGGAGACUCGAUACACUCAGGCUUCCGGUCGCCUUACCAAGUGGGCUGUCGAGUUGGGAGAAUAUGACCUGUCAUAUGAGCCCCGCACCGCCAUAAAAGCUCAAGCCCUAGCUGAUUUCCUAGCCGAGCUGACCUUCACGGAAGGUCCAGAGUCCACCUCCGCCAGUGUCGAGGUGUCCACCCCUUCCCCGUGGACGCUGUACGUAGACGGGUCCUCUAAUGGGGAUGGCAGCGGAGCUGGACUGCUCCUGGAAGGAUCUCAGGGAGAAGUGUGCUCUUACGCCCUCCGCUUUGGUUUCCCAGCCACCAAUAAUGAAGCCGAGUACGAGGCCUUAAUUGCUGGACUCCAGUUGGCACGCAGGCUCGGCGCCCAGCAAAUCCACGUCCGCAGUGACUCCCAACUCGUUGUACGCCAAGUUCUUGGUGAAUACGAGGCCAAGGAUGAGACCAUGCAACGGUACCUCUCCAAAGUUCACCAACUCACCGCGUACUUCGAGUCUUUCGAAAUCCAAAGAAUACCCCGGUCCCAGAAUAAGCAAGCCGACGCCUUAUCCCGGCUGGCUUCCAUAUCAUUCUCUGACCUCAACAAAACAGUCUUAGUGGAAGUCCUGAGUGAACCAGGAUACGUGGAAGAGGUGACCUGCCCCGUGCACUCUGAAGAAACUUGGAUGACCCCGUUCAUCCUUUUCUUGGGUCAAGGAGCCCUCCCCGAAGACCGAGCCGAGGCGAGAAAAAUAUAA